CACCCCCCCGUGUCACCCAGCCGCCCCGCCCCCCAGGUGUGUAAGUACGACUUUGUGGAGGUGCGCAGCGGGCUGACGGCCGACUCCAAGCUGCACGGGAAGUUCUGCGGCGCGGCGCGGCCGGCCGUCAUCACGUCGCAGUACAACAACAUGCGCAUCGAGUUCAAGUCCGACAACACCGUGUCCAAGAAGGGCUUCAAGGCGCACUUCUUCUCAGAUAAAGACGAAUGCUCGGCGAACAACGGCGGCUGCCAGCACGACUGCGUCAACUCGUGGGGCAGCUACGAGUGCCGCUGCCGCAGCGGCUUCGUGCUGCACGACAACAUGCACGACUGCAAGGAGGCCGGCUGCGAGCACAACGUGACGGCGGCGCGGGGCGCCAUCCGCAGCCCCAACUGGCCGAGCCGCUACCCCAGCAGGAAGGAGUGCGAGUGGAGCAUCGCCACGGCCGCGGGGCACCGCGUGCGCCUGGUACGGAGCGGGGCGCCUGCGCGGGGCCGGGCGGGGCAUUGCGGGGCACUGCGGGGCACUGCGGGGCACUGCGGGGCAUUGCGGGGCAUUGCGGGGCAUU